AGACGAUGUGCUCAGAUUGGACAUAACGAUACUGGUGGCCUAUUUCUCCGAACUAGUCCAGUUUCGCGCGAUUGGUUGUAUUGGAAAUCGGUGGAUCUGAAAGAGUUUAAGCUGGAUGAUAGUAACGUGGAAUGCCAAAUCUCAAGCACUGUUUGGAAUACUGGCAUAUCUGAAGAAGCGAUCUUGGAGCGAGGUGAAUUGUGGUGGGGGAACUCCAGUGUGAUAGAGCGGCAUUUGAAACUGUCUAAACCUCGUUACAAUGCGGCAGGUACUAUUAUCUCAGAGAGAAGCGAGAACACCGAAGAGAAGAAACCUGGUGUUAGCAGCGAGAAACCAAGAGAAAUUCCCAGGUCAAUGCAAACGGGAAUGUUCACCACUGCUGAUGGAACUACUCUUGGUACUGCCAACAACCAGGGUUCUUCUAGAGAUGAUAAUGUUAAAGGGUCUCAUCAAUCUACAAAAGCGAGCAAAACCAAAUUUGCGGAGAGUGUUGAUUGCUCCAAUGUUUCUGCUGCCUCGUUUUCGAACUACAGAAAGGUAUACCCCGCAUACGUUGAAGAUGUUUCUGACAGUGGCGAAGAUGGUACCGAAGGCAGUGAUGAACCCAGUGAUGAAGGCGGUGAUGAAGAUGGUGAUGAAGACCGAUGGCAUGACGGAGAUGACGAAGAUGACAACACUACUACGGCCUCACUUUCGAACUACAGAAAGGCAUAUGUUGAAGAUGUUUCUGAUGAUGAUGAUGAUGGUGGUGGGCAUCACGGGGAUUUUUUAGACCUGAACAGUUUGAAUAUCUAAAUUCAAGCAAAAUUGGCCCGCGGAAGGCAACAGGCUUUGAAUCUAUCUGGAAUAUCGAAGUUGU